AUGGCAACGGCAUCAUCAUCGGCGAGUACGUCACCGCCACGGAUAAAGGUGAAGAAGGAGAUCUGUACCGAUAAUGAUACGAUCAAGGAGCUGGCCGAAACGGCUAUGAAUGAUAUACUGGGCUGGUACGGGUACGACAGUGUCGAUCGUCUCGAGCUUGCAGCCAACAACGUACCAUCGGCUGCUGCAUCCAACGUCCACGAGGAGGACGGGAGUUCGGGAGUUUGCUCGAAACCGGCCGGCGAACCAUCCAUCUCUUCCUCUUCGUCCAAGACGAAACCAAGCGCUCAAGCAUCGUUGAUGCCGGCAUCGUCGAAACAUCAUCAUCAUCAUCUGCAGCAACCCUCCAUCGGUGGUCAGUUUCUUUCGCGACAGCCGGACGACCUGACGAUCAAUCCGCUCCCAUCAACGUCAUCGAACAGCGAGCGACGAGGCCGAGAAAUGACACCCUCGCUAGCUGGCCGUACCGGGCGCUCUGGAUCUCCACCAGCAACUGCACCAACGUCGUCAACAACGGCACGGAACGGUAUCGUCUUACAUCAUCAGGCGCAUCAGCACCACCACCAUGCACCGGUGCCGGCCGGUGGUGGUGAAAGUUCCACCUCGGAGAAGGACAGCUCGCGGGAAAGCUCCAAGAGUCCGAUGCUGAUGAAAAUGCUCGACAAGCAAGAACAGACGUGUCAGUGGUGUCGUAAGGUGAUACCGUCCCAUCAGACCGGCAUCUUGGGCACUACCGAGGGUAUGAUAUUCUGCACCGAAGCCUGUUUCUCCCAGUCGCGCCGGGCGUCCUUCAAGCGUGCGAAAACGUGCGACUGGUGCCGGCACGUGCGGCAUGCCGUCAGCUACGUCGACUUCCAGGACGGUGCCUCCCAGUUGCAGUUCUGCUCGGACAAAUGUCUCAACCAGUACAAGAUGCAAAUCUUUUGCAACGAAACACAAGCACACCUGGAGAUGAAUCCGCACCUGAAGGAGAAGAGUUCGUCCACGGGAAGUCUUAUAACGCCAGAACUUUGGAUGAAAAACUGCAAAAGCUGCUCGAUAUCGCCGGUGUCCGAUCGGUCGGAGUCGGUAUCGCCCGUUCCAUCGAUACCGGUCCGUUCAUCGCCGGAACCCUCGCCCAUUACGCUGCGGUCUCCAACGCCGGCCAAAAAACCGCUCAUCUCCGUAGCUCCUCCGUCGAAGCUACUGUCCAAGUCGCUCCAACAAAGCAGCUUGGGCCGUUCCAAUCCAAAGAAUUCUCGUAAGCGUCGUACUGGUCAUAGGCCAAUUGGAGGAUUACAUGGAACCGCUGCAUCCAAACGGUCUACAUCGACGCAACAAACUGAGUUUAGCAGUGGUAUGAACAGUAGCUGCACUAGCAUCAACAACAAUAAUUUGACCAUCCCGAACAAUAAUCUUACCGGAAGUCCACCAACCAUCGCAUCUACUGGGCCUCCGAAAUCUGCACCCAAUGUACAAGAUUUACGAAUAUUGCAAAAGAAACAUAACUCCGUGGUGAAUCUCGCUUCCAAUGACGGUCCUUCGAUGGUGGGCUUCGAUGGACGCGAUCUGACAGCAGCCGGAGGAUCUCUUGGACCUCCGGUUCCACCACCGCCGCCACCACUUAAUAUUCCACCCCAGUUCCUUCCUCCACCGAUGAAUCUCUUGCGAGCGUCAUUUUUCCCCUUAAAUCCGGCACAGUUACGUUUCGGGAGUGGACUCGCAAACUUACAGAGCGCUCAACCUCCAUCGCAUGGACCACCGAUGGGUCCACCGCCGAGCCCACUGCCCGGUGGGCCAUUAGGUCCAGGCAAUCGGCCACCUAUACCAAACAUGUUCGGUUUCGGCAGUGCUCCGCCCGUUACGAUUCUAGUCCCGUAUCCCAUCAUCGUACCGCUACCGUUACCCAUUCCCGUACCGAUUCCUGUGAUAGAUUUUUUGAAAGCCGCCCUACCGAAGGAAGACAAUGGGAAAACAGGAAUCCGGUCCGAGCAAAACAAGGCUACGGCAAAUGAUGAAAAAAUGGAACCUGGUGGUACGGCAGUGACGGUUGAUAGCGAUGAAACGAUGGGUGAAGAACUUCCAGAGUCUUCGAUUGUCGAGGAGGAUUCGGAUGCGCCGCUAGAUUUCACUGUUGGUGGGUCAGGAAAACAUCCGGACCGAGACGUAGCGUCAAGCGGAGCCAAAGUUACUGUAUGGAGCGAACACACGGAACACACAGUCCCGGUUGAAAUGACGAGCGAGACGAUUGACGAGACGGCAACGUAUGCACUUUCCACUAUUGUAUCAAACGGUUCCAAACCUAUUCCGGCAAUAGCGGAAGAUGAAGAUCACAGGGACGAUUCGAAACAUGAAUCUGCCAAGAGAUUAUUGCCGAAGUUUAAAAUAACCCGCCUGGAGGUGGGAAAGCAACGUCCUGAGGUGGGUGAAGGAAAUGGAAGCGGGGAAGAACUACCAAAGGAGGAGACCGAUAUCGAACGCGAACGGAAAGAGAUGGUGGAACGAAGUCGACCCUUGCGGAAACGGAAGCGGCUCGUAGUGCAGCAGCAUCUGCACACAAAACAUGAGCUGCAGGAACCUUCGAAUGAUGGAAGAACGGAUGAACUAGAGUACGGUACGGGGAUUGGGUUGCGGUCUGGUAGCAAAAGUCAAUAA